GCGUCUGAAUACAGGAAGUGUCCUUUUAUGGAACGUGAAGCGCUUGGUUUUUCGUGUCAACUUCCGGUUGGGUGGGAAGCAGCUGCUGGAAACAGUGAAUAACUGUGCCUGAGGAUAUAUUUAAAACAUAGUUUAUUUUUCUACAAUCUCACUUUAAGAAAAUGUCAAAGUCUUUGAAGAAGAUCGUGGAGGAGACCAGGGAUAAAAAUCUUCCCGAGGUGGACAUGUGUGACAGAGGGAUAUCUAACUUGCUGGACAUUCCUGGUUUAUUCACAUUGUCCAACAUAACUCAACUGGUCUUGAGCCACAACAAGCUGACGACCGUACCUCCAAACGUUGCCGAGCUUAAGAACUUGGAGGUGCUGAACAUGUUCAACAAUCAGAUAGAAGAGCUUCCCACUCAGAUCAGCAGCCUUCAGAAACUGAAGCACCUGAAUCUGGGGAUGAACAGACUGAGUACGCUGCCCAGAGGCUUUGGUUCUCUUCCUGCUCUGGAGGUCCUGGAUUUGACUUACAACAACCUGAAUGAGUCCUCACUGCCAGGAAACUUCUUCUAUCUUACCACCCUGCGCGCACUCUAUCUCAGUGACAACGACUUUGAAAUCCUGCCCCCAGACAUCGGCAAGCUGGCCAAGCUACAGAUACUGAGUCUGAGGGAUAAUGACCUGAUCUCUCUACCUAAAGAGAUAGGAGAUCUGUCCCAGCUGAAGGAGCUGCAUAUCCAGGGCAACAGGCUGACUGUGCUGCCUCCUGAACUUGGUAAUCUGGAUCUGACUGGCCCAAAGCAGGUGUUUAAGGCAGAGAGUAACCCAUGGGUAACUCCCAUUGCAGACCAAUUCCAGUUGGGUGUCUCCCAUGUCUUCGAAUACGUCCGCUCUGAGACCUACAAGUAUCUUCACGGGCGACACAUGCAGGCUAAUCCCGAAGCACCGAAAAAGAACAACGACAAAUCCAAGAAGAUCAGCCGCAAGCCCCUGGCUGCCAAGAACAAGUAAAGAUGAGAUGUGUGGAAGAAGAGUCCCCUGUCUGCCUGUCCGAGCUGGACCUCACUGCAUGUGCCUUCCCACACUUUUCUAUUUAUUUACUAAAAGAACACACAUUUUUGUAUGGUUUCUGUAUUGUGUAGUGUUAUACAAGUAUGGCCUCACAGUUGCCCUUGGCAUGACCCAAACAGCCAUUAGAUUUCUUGCAUAUCUCCUUUUUCCUUCCCUACAUUAUCUACAAUACUUGAUUACUAUGCUAUAAUAUAGUUAUUGCCUUAUUGUUAUGAUACUGUAUUCCCAAGCAUUACUUUUUAAGCUAAUUUCUCGCAUGAUGUCUUUAAAUAUUACUGCAGCACUGUAAAUGUAAAUCACAUUUAGACAGUUUGUUAGAUCACUUUUUUUUUUUUUUGACAAAAUUAGAUAUUGUCAAAGCCUUUUGACCAUGACUGAGCUGUCAAACUGUACUGCACUAAUGCAAAAAAUAUCCUAGAAAGUACUGCUUAAAUAAUGUCACCUAGAUUAAUGAUGUUUUAGUAAAACAUUACUAAAUUAGUUUUGCUAGACUUGAUAUGCAUUGUAAUGUGCAUAUGUGUACCAUGAAAACAUCUUCCUGUAAUAUUUAUUUUCCCAUAUUAUUCCUACUGUUCAAAUACAGUGCAGUGAGGGAAAAAAAUAUCAUACUCCACUGUUUGAUUUGAGCCAUCUAAACAAGGCACACGGCUUUCCACUACAGCAAUUUGUACUCUCCAGUGCCGGGCUUGGCGGCGGGGAGGUUGCGUAACCAGAGGGGGAUUUUUGGAGGGGUUUAGCGGUCUGAGUCGGUGCAGGAUUGUGUCCUGCCUCAGAGGACAUGUAUCCGUCUGCUUCCUCUGCCACACCUCUUGCUCUUAAUGACUCGUAUGAAUGGCUGCAAACCAAAGUAUUGAAUGGUUAACAAAUAAGACCAGUUACAAAACAACGCCGCAGCUCCAAACAAUGCCCCUGCUUAUAUAAUACACAGUAUUGGUUUUCUUUUCAGUAUUGUUUGGAUGCGCAUUUGAAAGUGGUCUGUUCUGUACCAAAUUGGUUUGACUUCCACUGUAAAUCUAAAUUCUACACCACGAGCUUUUGUAUUGAUCUAUGCAAUAGUAUUGUCACAAAUUUUAUCACCACCACAUUUUAUUACAAAUAUGUCAGUGUUAAAUUCUUUUUGUCACUUGACAAGCUUUGUCACCAUAUGUCACUUUUAUUCAUUUUUAACUACUUUGAAUAAAAUAUUCUGUUUGACUGUCA